UGAAUUUACUAUGUUGGUACAUUUUUGUGUAGUUGUUUAGCCAGAAACUAUAAAUAUUUAGAUAAUUAAUUAAAGCCGUAAAGCCGAACGGCAUUCUGUGGGACCAAACAAUAUCUAAAGCGAACAAACAACUCAUAUACAACACCAUACUUAAAAGUUAAUCACAUAUGGCAGUGAAGUUUGGCCAAUGAAACAAAGAACAGAGAAACUGUUACUAGCAACAGAAAUGGACUUCUGGAGAAGAGCAGCAGGCAAAUUAAAAAAAGAUCGGAUACCAAAUGAGAUAAUAAGAGAAAUGAUGGGAGUCAAGCAUACAAUAGUUGAUGACAUAAAAACACAACAGUUAAUAUGGUACGGCCAUGUACAGAGAAUGCCAGAUGACAGGAUUCCGAAACAGAUUUUUACGUGGACACCACAAGGAAGAAUGAAAAGAGAAAGGCAGAGAAGAAGCUGGAGAGAGGGAAUUAAAAAAGAACUAGAGGAAAGAGAAAUCCUUCCAGGACUAUGGUUAAAUAGAGAAGAAUGGUGGUUAGGAGUCAGAAGGCGUGGGAGAACGCUGUAA